AUGCGGAGAUUACAGGACUGCAACAAAAUGAAGUUUCUAGUUUUAAACGUGUUGGCAACGGCGGAGAGGAUGGAGGCUGACAGGCUCGGCGUGACACACCUCAGGAACUACGCCGAUCCCUCCAGCUCCCGCGUACAAAGAAUCUCAGAAGUUAGCAAACUGAUCUUCCACUUAUUUGUCGGCAUUAAUGCAUCUGACAUAAACUACUCAGCUGGUCGAUAUGACGCAUCAGUUAAACCCCCAUUUGAUAUAGGUUUUGAAGGUGUCGGUGAUGUGGUAGCGUUAGGACUCAGUGCCAGUGCUGAUUAUACAGUGGGUCAAGCUGUGGCCUACGUGAAGGCAGGUUCCUUUGCUGAAUACACAGUUGUUCCUGCCAAACAAGCAGUUCCUCUACCCUCUGUGAAACCCGAGUUUCUUACUUUAAUGGUAAGUGGCGCUACCGCAUACAUCAGUUUGCAAGAGCUGGGAGAGCUGUCUGAAGGCAAGAAGGUUCUGGUGACAGCAGCGGCUGGAGGAACGGGCCAGUUCGCUGUGCAGCUUGCAAAGAAGGCAAAAUGCCACGUAAUUGGAACCUGCUCCAGUGAUGAAAAGGGUGGUUUUCUGAAAUCCAUUGGCUGUGACCGUACGAUCAACUAUAAAACUGAAAAUGUUGAAUCUGUUCUUAGGAAGGACUACCCCGAAGGUGUGGAUGUAGUGUAUGAAUCUGUUGGGGGAAAGAUGUUUGACUUGGCUCUUAACUCCUUGGCUACCAAAGGGCGCCUGAUAGUUAUUGGUUUUAUCGCUGGCUACCAAAACCCUACUGGCCUCCCGCCCGUUAAAGCAGAGUUAUUGCCAGCAAAACUAUUGAAGAAGUCUGCCAGCAUCCGGGGUUUCUUCUUGAACCACUACCUUUCCGAGUACAAAAUGGCUCUGAAGCACUUGCUCAAGAUGUAUGAAAGAGGAGACCUGGUUUGUGAGGUGGACUUUGGAGACAUGUCUCCGGAGGGCAAGUUCACUGGCUUGGAGUCUGUAUUCCGUGCUGUAGAUUACAUGUACAUGGGAAAAAACAUUGGAAAAAUUGUAGUUGAAUUACCUCACUCUGUCAACAGUAAGCUGUAAAAACAGAACAAUGAUAUAAAUCAGAAGAGAGAAAAUGGGCACUUUAUGCCUCAGAAUUACUAGAAACAAUUUCUUUUUUUAAGCUGAGUAAUGGAUAUUAUAUUAAAAAACAGCAUUAAGGUGUUAAUAAAAAGUUUUGUGGUUUUUUCUUGUCUUAAAAGUGCUUAAAUUGGUGGCUGUAGCACGGACUUAAUGGGCCUGUGUUUGAUUCUGUUGCUUAGGCUAGCAUGAGACAAGAACAUUGUUCUUGACAGAAUAAGUCCUGAUGCAGAGGCAGAUUUAGUCUGUCAGACUGGUUUGAUAAUACUUUAUAUAUAGUUCAGCUCGGGAAAAAACCAAUUCUUUCAGCAAUUUCGAUUCCCUGAUUUAAAAAUAAAAUUGUUGGAACAAGACUAAGUAAAGAGUCGUAUCUUGUGGUUGUUCUAUUGAUCUCUUGAAGUUUCUGGAAAAAAUUAUGCUUUUCAUUUUUUGUCACAAACACGAUAAUCAUAAUUCAGUUGCAUCAUGGAUCAUAGUAAUAUUCCUUGACUAGUUACACAGGGAACAUUUAUCCUCCAAUUCUGACAUGUCAGUAAUAUUAAGAAAAGCAACUUGACUUUUUUUUUUUUAAUUAUGUCUUUCAUAACUAUAAACAACUGUGCAAUUUUCUUUUAAAUCUUUAACUACAAGUUACAACAUAAUCUCAUUUUCUUCCCUUUUCAUUUGCUACUGUGACUGUUACUUGUCCGGUCUCCCCUUCAGUCAGUAUUACAAGAUUAUUGGAGUGGGGUUUUGAGCCAUGUUCACGUGUGUUCAGGUCCUGUAUAUCUUUUUGAGAUUUAAUAAAGUUAAAAAAGCU